UUAGCGGUAGUAUUUGAUUCAAGAUCAUUCGAGUUUUAUGAUUCAAAUUUUAAAGAAAGAAUCUGUAGUCAUCAUAACCCUAGUUUGUGCAAAUACAAACAAAAGAAAUUGUAUAAAUGAACAGAAGAUUGGGUUCUCUUUCCAUAUCCUACCCAACCUGCAAACCGAAUUGGCGUAUUUUUAAUUGAAAUCAGAAUAAAAAACAUGUCAUUUAUAAUAAAGAGGGAGUUGAAUUAUAUGGAAAAAAAAUUAUUAUUUUGAAUAUUUGAAUAUGCCAAUUCAUAUUCUUUAGAGGAAAGUUAAAUUGAAGCAUAUGUCAAUUAUAAUAAAGGGAGAGUUGAAUUAUAUGAAAAAAAAUAAUUAUACAUUUGAAUAUGCCACUGCAUAGUCUUUAGAGGAAAGAUAAUUGUUCUUACAAGACAACCUUAAAGUUGAACCACUCCUAUUCGUUUUAAAAUUCGUGAUGCACGAAUUCCUUCUGUAUCCAAUCACACUUGGCCAAUAAAAAAUUCUAUUCUGUUCUAAAAGGGGAGAGGGGGGAGAGCACGUCUUUGUUUUAGCGGGAUGUGAAGGUCAUUGAGCGGGAUAGAAGCGGCAUCCGAGGGACAAAGGAACCUUGCGACAUCAACUUCGCUAGCGCCAAAAUCCUUUGCUCCACCCAGUAAUUGAAAGCACAGGCGCUUGACUCCCGUUGCAGUCCGCUUCCCUUUGAGAUUUCGGAAAUGGCGAAUUUGGCUUCAAACCUCCGCAGAAGGAAAGGAAAAACGCAACGCGUCUAAACCUGCGAACGCCCACUUAGCCAUUCUAGGCACCCGGCCACGCCCCUGACCUGGAACGCGCGGCAACAGACGCCGGACGCCCAAGUUCCAGACGAGAACUACAUCCCCCACAAUGCUUCGCGGCAAGGGAAAACGAGAGCCGCGCGACUAACGGGCGAUGUGGUCCGCAUGGUCAAUCCUUUUGGGAUCCCCAUCUCUUUCCCAUCUCGUUCCCUCUUUACCAUCCUCUUUCCAGGGUCGUAGCGACCCAACGGGAAACCGAAUACGAAACGGCUCAUUUCCCCAGGACGAUCACCACCGUCACUUUUACAAGUGGGGGCAGUUGCGGGCCGCGGGCUCUCGGUCGCCUUCCGCUUCCGGUGGAGGGGUGUUGCCUAGGCAACGUUGUUUACAGGCCGCCGGAAGCUGGGUCAGGAUGGCCACCGGCAUGGCCUCUAUCGCCGACGGGGAGUUCACGGCGGCUAUUUACGGACUGAUCCGAGCCGGGCGGUUUGCGGAGGCGGUGGGGAUCUUGAGUAGCGAGUUGCAGAGGAGCUGCCGGUCGCGGGCCGGCCUGUCGCUGCUCGGCUACUGCUACUACCAGCUGCAGGAUUUCCCGGCGGCGGCCGAAUGCUACGAGCAGCUGGGGCUCCUGCAUCCCGAACUCCACGAGUACCGGCUGUAUCACGCGCAGGCGCUCUACAAGGCCGGGCUUUAUGGCGAGGCCCUGCGCGCCGCCGCCCCGCUGCUCGACGUGGCGCCCUUCCAGAGCCGAGCCCUGCGCCUCCAGGCGGCGGCCCACUAUGCCCAGGGCGACCUCUCCAGCGCCAAGGCCCUGGUGGAGCUGCAGCUGGCAGCCGCCACCGAAGGCAGCCCCGGCGGCCCCGAGGACCCUUCCGAGCUGCCCGAUGCGGAGGUGAACAUGGGCUGCCUGCUCUACCGCGAAGGGCAGCACGAGGAAGCCUGUGGCAAGUUCGCCUCUGCCAUGCAAGUGCUGGGCUACUGCCCGGAGCUGUCCUACAACAUGGCCCUGUGCUGUUACGCUGCCAAGCAAUACGCCCCUGCUCUGAAGCAUAUUGCCGACAUCAUUGAACGGGGCAUGCAGCAGCACCCGGAGCUGAGUGUGGGGACCAAUACGGAAGGCCUCGACGUCCGCAGCGUGGGCAAUACGUUGCUCUUGCAUCGGACAGCCCUGGUGGAGGCCUUCAAUCUCAAAGCUGCCAUUGAGUACCAGCUGUGCAACCUGCAGGCAGCUCAGGAGGCCCUAACAGAUAUGCCCCCUCGGUCUGAGGAGGAACUGGACCCCGUCACUUUGCACAACCAGGCUCUGAUGAAUAUGGACAGAAGAGCCACAGAAGGCUUUGAGAAACUUCAGUUCCUUCUGCAGCAGAACCCUUGCCCCCCAGAGACAUUUGGGAAUUUGCUGCUUCUGUACUGCAAGUAUCAGUACUAUGAUCUGGCUGCGGAUGUGCUGGCUGAGAAUGCUCACUUGACGUACAAACUUCUCACUCCUUAUUUGUACAACUACUUGGAUGCUAUGAUCACCUGCCAAACAGCCCCCGAUGAGGCAUUUCAUAAGCUUGAUGAACUGGCAGGGGCUCUAACGGAGCAGCUCAGGAAAUUGACCAAGGAGGUGCAGGAGUCUAGGAAAAAUCGAGAUGACGACGCUCUGAGGAAAGCUGUGAAUGAGUAUGAUGAGACCCUGGAGAAAUAUGUUCCUGUCUUUAUGGCCCAGGCCAAGAUUUAUUGGGACAUGGAGAACUAUCCCAUGCUGGAAAAAAUGUUCCAUAAGUCAGUAGACUUCUGCAAGGAUCAUGAAGUGUGGAAACUGAAUGUGGCUCAUGUACUGUUCAUGCAAGAGAACAAAUACAAAGAGGCAAUUGGUUUUUAUGAGCCCAUUGUAAAAAAACACUAUGACAACAUCCUUCAAGUUAGUGCCAUUGUUUUGGCUAACCUAUGUGUUUCUUAUAUUAUGACUAGUCAAAAUGAAGAAGCAGAGGAGCUGAUGAGAAAAAUAGAAAAAGAAGAAGAACAGCUUUCUUACCAUGAACCUGAGAAAAAGAUCUACCAUCUCUGUAUUGUCAAUCUAGUUAUUGGGACUCUUUACUGUGCCAAAGGAAAUUUUGAUUUUGGCAUUUCUAGAGUGAUUAAGAGUUUAGAACCAUAUAACAAAAAGCUGGGUACAGAUACUUGGUAUUAUGCCAAAAGAUGUUUCUUGUCACUUCUAGAAAAUAUGUGUAAGCAUGUGAUCAUGGUGCGAGACAGUGUCAUUCAAGAAUGCAUCCAGUUUCUUGAGCACUGUGAAGUGUAUGGCCGAAAUAUCCCAGCAGUAAUAGAACAGCCACUUGAGGAAGAGAAGAUGCACAGUGGGAAGAACACGGUUACUUAUGAAGCUAGGCAGCUGAGGGCACUGAUGUAUGAAGUUAUUGGGUGGAAUAAGUAGCUGCCAUAGCAUUUAUAUUCAAAAUGGCCCAGGUCAAAAGAUCACUGAAAAGUGGUGAUGUAAUACAGUUCUGUUGUAAAAGUUCCACAGGAAUUUGAAUUAACUUGGAAUUAUCAGGCAGCACUUUUCAUCCUUUAAAAAUAUUUUUAUUAAAUGAGCUUCCUUGUCAAAUGUAUGAUAGAUAUAUUUGACAAAAGUAGAAACAUUUUUAAAAUUGUAGUGUGCUGUCCAAUAAGCACUAUAAAAUGAAUAUGAGGUGGUGGAUAAUAUAUCUUAUAUAUACUAUAUUUUUCAAGAAGUUAUUUAACCACAAUAUUUCAUUUUAUUCAGGUUUGUAAGUAGCUCUUUAAAAAAACCAAAAGUACCUUUCAAACAAGUAUUCUUUGGAAGUUGAAAUUGUCAACCUAAGUCAAAUUUGCUAAAUUUGGUAAGGGCAGAAAAUUAUCUUUGAAAGAUGUCAAGCUUUUGAACAUUUUAACUUUUAUUGUAUGUAUGUUAAUGCUUUCAUGGUAAUGGGAGCUUUGAAUAAGUGGUCUUUCAGGUCCUAGUUUAAAGCAAUAACAAGUUUUUUUUCAAGUAACAUGAUUUAAAUUUUACCAGUACAAACAUGGAAACAAAUGCAAUAUGUAUUUUCCCAAAAUACUCUGUAAUGUUCAGUGGAACUUGAUUGUGUGUGCAGGGAAAGUAAAAACAGAUGCAGGAGGUACUAAGUAACUGCAUUUAUCUACAAAACAUUUUCCUUCCAAAUUUACCAACACUAUAUUUCCCACUAGAUGCAUCAUAUAGUCCAGCAGGGCUCAUUUCAAGGCAAAGUACCAUUAGUUGUUAUUCCUUUCUUUAGAGGUAGAAAUAUUUGCUACAUAUUCCAGUUAUGGAGUUUACUAUAGCCCUAGAGACCAUGUCAAGCCUACAUAAUUUCUCAUAGGGUUCAGCCUGUGUCUUCUGUUUUAAGAUUACAGGUAUGAUUAAAGUCCAAUCGUAUAAUGUCAGCAUAAAACACCUAAUCUCCUUUUCUGUCUUCCUUUGCCAGACGAAAAGUUCUAAAGAACUCAAAACAACUAUGCACCAUUUUGCCAGUCUGAAUAAAAGUUAUUGGU